AUGAAAAGAGAGAAAAUAUCAAUGUUUACAAAGCGAAGUCUCAAAACUAUCAUCGACUGGGACCUCUUCGCUUCGCUUGAUGGUUUUGGGGAUGAUACCUUCAUGGACAACAUCGAUGACAAAUAUGAUCUUCUUGUAGAACAUCUUCACGACUAUACGAGGCAAGCGAAGAGUUUCAAAACUCCUAAAAUACGCCUGUCACCGGUAACUCUAGAACCAAUACGUCAGCGUGGAGCAGCAAGACCCGUAGGUCAGCGGAAACAUGGUCACGUCCGAGCUCGCAAGGCUUUGCAGAGGAGCCAUAAAAGGAGACGUGAAAGAGAGAAGAGCAGACUUGUUGGGUGA